AUUGCCAUUGCCAACUGGACAGCGGCGAUUUGGCGCCCUGAGUGAAACUGGCUUUAUAACUCUAGUACUCAUCGUUCCCAGUCUUCUAAGGCAAACAUGUCGGACCCGGUCGCUUCCAAGUCUGGCUUCCUAUGCAUGUACAUGAAGAACCAUCCUGAUACAUUGGUUGCAUAUGUCAAAUAUUUCGGGAAAGUCGAGGGCAACGUGCUCACUGCUGAGAUGUCUGGCAUUGACUCCAAGGGUAUGACACUUGUGUAUAAGCUCAAGUCCGGACAAUCGAAUACGACCCGGGUGUCAUUCGAACCGCCGCUUUCAGGGUACGAGGAAGUCAAACCCCGGCUUCUGAGUAUGAAGGCAGAGGCUCAGGAGGGUCUUGGUAUGCUCAAAGCUCCACAAAUAACCACAUUCCAGAUUCCUCGCACGACUGCUGCCAUCACAGGAAUCGCGUUGUUCGCAUACUUCUAUUUCCUUUCGUCGCCACCGCCUGACACUACAUUCCUCUCCAUACCUGUCGCCACUAUGGAUGCAUUCUUCUCUCCAGCGCACGCGUUUAGAAACGCCACUGGUCUUGGUCUUUCCUUCCGAACCGCCUGCACAAUACUCUGCACCAUUCAUGGCGCUGAAACGCUUUAUACCUGGUCACUUUGCAGGCAAUAUGUUAAGGGUACUAUAGUGACGGCUGCUUAUGUUGGCUGUACGAUGAUAUUCGGAUACCCGAUGUGGACAGACCUCAAAAGACGCGUUCAACAGAAACGCAUUGAAAGCGUUAUGAAGGUUGAGUAAUCAACCUUCUGCACGCUUGCUUUCCGGGGUGAUUGUAUAUGUUUUUGUAUGAUGACAUCGAUGUACUUUAAUGUUUCGGGCGUUUAACUUGGGCCUGUAGUUGCGACAAUCGGUAUCUUUGUUUUCAGGAUUCAGGAUUCUCAAUGGGCUUCAAUUAACUUCGGCGCAUCACACUAGAACGAUCUUGCCUUGUGGGAAGAGCUGCCUUUGCAUU